AUUUGCACGACUUUCCUCUUGCUACAGUGGUAUGAACAAACAAUAUACUUGACUUGUGUAGAUAUAUAUAUUUGUGUCAUGAGAUAGUAAUGUAUGUUUUAUAAUAGAUUUUGGCAUUUGAAGCAAUUCCAACUUUGGGAAUGAAGUUUGCUACAAAAUAUCCAGAUGUAAUUCUAAGAAUGGUUGCUUGGGAAAUGCUGGAGAGGUUAGCGCCUGUCGCCAUUGAUAUUGUGUUGAAAUCGAAAGAGACUGGAGGUUAAUUCCACAUUGAUUCCUAAUGAAACUGAAUUGGAAGAGGCUUAUUGGAAAGAGUUAACACCGAUUGUGGAAGAAGAUGAAAGUGCUUCACACCAUUCCGAAAGAGACGAGGCUAAGCAUGAUGUCGAGCCACAUCAUGCAUACCACGAAGAGUCUCCUAGAGCAGCUCAACCACCCCAGCCUGGUUUUGAGAUGAGCAUAGUGGAUUUAUUGAGAACGAAAAUUGAAAAACUUGAGGGAAGGCUACAAGUAAUCAUAUCGACUCAACUUGAUCGAGUGGAGAAAAAGGUUGAUAGGUUAGUUGAAUUGGCUGUGGCGGGUCGGUUCCAUCCAGCAACUAGUGCAUUUGAUGGUACCACUAGUAGCAUAGCAUAUGUACCAGAAAAUAAAUCGAAUGAUGGGUUGGAAAUAGAGGCUAUGUUUGAUGAUGUGACAGAUAUGUCUGCUGCUGAAAGAAAGGUAGAUCUGCCUGAAGAGGAUCUAAAGUUAGAGGAGGAUGUUAGAGGAAAAAAUAUAGGAGCGAAUGAGUUGGAAACUAAGCUUGGAUUUGAUUAUAUGAGAGAUGUGCCUACUGCUGCAACAAAUGUAGAAACGCGUGAGGAGGACCCAAAGUUAAAGGAGAAAGGUAGAGGCAAAAAUGUAGGAGGGAAGGACUUGGAAAAUGAAGCUGGAUCUGGAAAUGAUAUAGAUGAGCAAGAAAAUGAAAAAAUGGUCAAGGAGAGUGUUGGAAAAGAAAUAAUAUUAGAAGAAAAACAUCUCGAUGUGGAGAAAGAGAUCGAUGAUUUUGUGACGCCUGAAAAGCAUGAUUUGGCUACAAAUGAAUCCACGCAAUGCGACAUUGCAGAAAUUGAUGAGGCGGGAUAUGAUCCAUCGAAAGGACGAGGGUAUCAUCGGAAGAGAAAAGCCCGCUUAUUAUGUUCUCCGUACAUGGACUCGACGAAGAGGAGAAAGUUGUCAGACAUCAAUGUAUACAAUCCUUAUGGAGAAGUAGAUCCCGUCAAGGUUGAUGCUUUUUGUAAAUGGAUGGAAAUUACAUCUUCGUGGUAAAUUAUUACAUAUAGUUGCAAGUAUAUGUAAAAGUAAUGACAGUAUUACCUAAAUAUAACUUCGUGUUGAUUUUGUUGUAUGCACGGCCAAAUUAUACCUUUGCGCUUUUAUGAUAUUCAAGCAAAAAGUUUGAUGGAUCUUUUGAAUGAGGAUGGUUGGAUUAA